AUGCUUUCCACAAAGCCGAAAAAGCCACCUGCGUGUGACUCUUGCAAAGCCAAAAGAGUACUGUGCCACUCGAGCUCAACACCAAAUGGGCCGUGCCCUCGAUGUGUAGAGAAAGGGAUACUAUGUAAGACGACUUAUACUCCUCGAGGAAGACCGAAAAAAUCUCUUUUGGGUACCAGUAACGAAGAGCCAUCUCAUUCUACCAUAAUAACCGUGCAAGAUACCCGCAGUGUUGAGCUGUCGUACUCUCCGAUAUUAACACCAGAUCUCGUCAAGCAUCUGUUCAAAUGCUUCCUUGAAAUGCCCGAGAAAGGCCACCCAAUAUUUUACCGACUCGACCUCGAAAAAACACUCAUAGCAGCAUCAUGGCGAAUCGACCUCCUUCCGCCGCAAGUUGCAGUCCUGGUAACUUGCAUGUGCUGCGUUGGUGCUCACAUUUCGUGGAGUCCAAGCAUUAUCGGGCCUGGACCACACCCAGAGUCCCUCACGGACUCGACGGUUUUCUUUCCUGGCGCAGAUUUGAGAAGCUAUGGAGAGAGGAGGGCUCCAGUUUGUCGAAUGUUGGUUGACAAUGCCGUGUCCAUGGCGUGUAUGGCUCGCAUAAUGUUGGAGCCAUCGGAGAUGAACAUGGCUAGCUGUCUUCUUCUCGAAACUUUGCAAGAAAAUUUUGAGCAGAGCUCUCGCCCUUGGGCUUCAGCCUAUAUUUCUCAUCUACGAGCGAUUGCGCCAUCGCUCUCCGACCAAGAGCCUGCCCCGAUCAUGUGGGCUAGCUAUCUAAUGGCGGAAGGCCUUCGUGCUGCGAUAAAUCGGAAGCCAGUUCUCGUGUCCUAUGCCGACCAGUUGUUCUUCUUCAAAGGCCCGCCUCCGCCUCCAUUGGACUCACUUCUCGACAUGGUACAACAGCAAUCCUCUAACCCGUCACCAUAUAACUUCAAGAACACAACCGCUCCACUCGUAUUUAGCUGCAUUCGUCCUUUCGUGUUUCACACGACUCAGUUUACGCGCGAUUUCUACGAACAACUUUUGAGUGAUUUUGCACGACGAACUCCCCCAUCCGAAACCAUGAUCGUCAAACUGCUUAGCACACUUUCCACGAUGCAAUCCCUGAUCUCGUACUGUCUCUCUGACAUAGAAUUUCCGGACGCUGCAGCUAUUCGACACAUUUCCAAUGCAGAGCUUCGUUCUCGUGUUGAAACAUUUCCAGAAAUUCGAUCAUGCGCUUUUGCUAUGACAGUCGCCUUUGCCAGCUUGUCAUUGACGCUCCACCGCGAGCUUGAGGAACGCGCCAUGUCUACAGCUAACGAACUCUUUGAGUCAACUCCUCUGCAUGUGGGCUGCCUAAUGCCUAGCACAACCAAGUGGGCUCAAACAAGGAUGGCGUCUCUUCGACAGCAAGCAUACGAGUUGGUUUGUAGUGCUGUGCCUGAUUUACAGCGCAUCCUUUGCAUCGAGUCGUAUCCUCUCUCCGGAAAUGCGGUUGCUUGGUCAAACCUCGCCGAUUGGGCCAAAUUUCUUGCAGACGAGGCGGACUCGUCGGGCGGCAUCCCUGAUACCCACUUUCCUAUCUUCGAGAGGCUGGGGAAUGCGCUCAAAUUCGCCGGGUAUUCUCAAGUAUCUCUCCAUCUGGAUAGGAUCAUUGACCGUCUUGAUUCUCAUAUUGCCGCGUACUGCCUCAAGACCAGUGUGAACAAAGUGCCCGAGUUGUUCCUGCAGCCGGAGAGAACUGAUGCCUCCAUGUCGUUCUUGUUGGACGGUUCAUGGAUGAUGACAGAUUCGUCGAUAGGGAUGUAA